AUGGCAAAUCGAACCUAUUCCAGCGAUCAACUCGGUCAUUGGGAGGAGUGUAUUUCUCUGCCCCCUCGCUUCCGUCGCCUAGCUUCUCCAAUACUUGAUCUCGAAUACUUGAUAACAUUGCAUACUCACCAGAUAGUCAAAAUUCCAUAUGAGAAUUUAUCAUUGCAUUACACCCCUACCCCAAGAGUUUCCUUGAACCCUCAGGAUCUAUUCCAAAAGAUCGUCGGAAAUGCGAGAGGAAGAGGCGGAUAUUGUAUGGAAGGUUCGAUCUUCUUCAAUUCGAUUUUGAGAAGUCUAGGAUUUAAGGUCGAGAGAGGGGUGUGAGAAUUCGUCCACGAGCUGGGUAAGCCUCUCCACUCAACUCCAGUUGGCUUUUCGAAAUGCAACGUUCUGAUAUGAAAACAGUGGUGUUCCUCAAGGGAAGUAUGACGGAUGGUAAGUUGGUGUUCAAGAGAGUUGCGAUGAAUUGUCUAUCGCCAUCUAAUUCACGGCCAGGGUUCAUAUCGUAAAUAUUGUCACAUUACCUGACGGCUCCAAAUACUCAGUUGACGGUAUAUAAUCUUCUCAACACUCUGGCACUAUGCGAACUAAAUUGCCAAUAGUCGCAUUUGGGGGCGAUGGACAAGUUGUCCCUCUUCCUCUCACUCCUUUCUCUGAAGAACCUCCAGUAUUCACAAACUUUGGAAGCCAGCAAAUUCGUCUCAUCCAUGCGCCGGUGCCACCUGAAAACCAGGAAUCGCCCGCAGCAACACAAAGUCUCUCCUCUCAAUAUGCCAAGUUCGUGGACGAGGAACCACAAAGGUUCUGA